CCGAGGUGGCUGGCUAGAGUAGUCGGAGGCGCCCGCGGCCGCUCUAGGAACUGGCGUUGGCUAUGGCGGGGUCAACGAGUUUCGAUGUGCUUUGGCUCUGGGAGGACGCAGCCGGGUCCCGCUUCGGCCAGCGUCCCCGGAUACCAUGGAAGACAGGCGGUGAGACUGAACGGCGGUUGGGGAAAGCACCUUAGGCUCCACUUCUCCUGGCCAAUAGGAAGUAGCCUAGGGCGCAGAGGCGGAAAGUGCGGCCACACGAACAGGCUUGGCAGCCAAUCGGCCGCCGACCUCGGUUCGGCGCUCCAACCCGCGCGGAGAGCGGGCCUGGGGGAGGCCGGGGCGGCUGUCAGGCUAAAGUCCGGCUGGCGGGCGCGGCGGGACGGCGGCGGCGGCGGCGGUGGGACGGGCCCUGGAGAUGAGCCGUGGUGCCGCGGGCUGGUGCUGUCUCGUGCUCUGGCUGCCCGCGUGCGUCGCGGCCCACGGCUUACGCAUCCAUGACUACUUAUAUUUCCAAGUGCUGAGUCCUGGGGACAUUCGCUAUAUCUUCACAGCCACGCCUGCCAAGGACUUUGGUGGUGUAUUUCACACACGGUAUGAGCAGAUUCACCUUGUCCCUGCCGAACCUCCAGAGGCCUGUGGGGAACUCAGCAACGGCUUCUUCAUCCAGGACCAGAUUGCUCUGGUGGAAAGGGGGGGCUGCUCCUUCCUCUCCAAGACCAGGGUGGUUCAGGAGCAUGGUGGGCGGGCUGUGAUCAUCUCGGACAAUGCAGUUGACAAUGACAGUUUCUACGUGGAGAUGAUCCAGGAUAGUACUCAACGCACAGCUGACAUUCCUGCCCUCUUCCUGCUCGGCCGAGAUGGCUACAUGAUCCGCCGCUCUCUGGAACAGCAUGGGCUGCCAUGGGCCAUCAUCUCUAUCCCAGUCAAUGUCACGAGUAUCCCCACUUUUGAGCUGCUGCAACCUCCCUGGACUUUCUGGUAGAAAAGCUUACCCCAGGUUCCAGCCACAGGUGACUCACUGGGAAGAAAAAACCUAAGAUUCUGCCGUUUGGAGAUAGACUCUGAGGACAAGUAGAGCCAGGGAUGGGACAGAGAAGCCACACUAGUGGCUUUCCCUUCCUUAGGGCCUGCAAGGACAUAUCAUGCUCCAGUAAGAGCCAAGAACCAGGCCCAAGGCGUCUGGGCAGAAUUUGGAACAAAAGGUGCUGAAGGCAGGCGGCCUUGUCCUCGGCCACCUGUCACACACCAGUUUUUCAGCCUCCCACAGCCCGGACUUCCUCACAGUGACUCUUGUAGCUCUUGCUGAAGUGGUUUAAGAAAUAGUUAUUCUGGGCUGAAGGAUUCUCUACUCUUUAGCAAUAAAGGUAAAUAAAGCUCA